AUGCCUAUACAAAGGCAACGGAGUAAACCUGAUCUCGAGUUUACUCUACGUCAGGUUUUUGGAAAGCCAUCGUUCAGACCCAUACAACGCGAAGUCAUCGAAGCCGCUUUGGAAGGCAAUGAUGUUUUUCUUCAAGCCGCCACCUCAUUUGGCAAGAGUUUAUGUUUUCAGUUGCCAGCAUGUAUUGACAUCGGCAUCACUAUUGUUGUGUCACCUCUGCUUGCGCUUAUGAACAAUCAAGUUGCUGCUCUGCGAGCUGCUAGUAUCCAGGUCGCUACUAUCAAUAGCACUGUCUCCAAGCAUGUCCGCGAUGCCAUCAUGGCCGACCUCAAGACUGGUCAUCCCCUAACCAGGCUUCUCUAUGUCACUCCGGAGUUCUGCGCCAUGGACCACUUUCGCCGCGUUCUACGCGUAGUCCACGCACAGAGAGAGCUUUCUCGGAUCGCCAUCGAUGAAGCACACUGUAUCUCUGAAUGGGGUCACGACUUUCGUCCGAGUUUCAAAGAGCUCAAUUUCUUCAAAAAGGAGUUUCCAGAUGUACCGAUGAUCUGCUGUACUGCUACAGCAACCCAGCGAGUGCGAGAUGAUAUCAUUGCGACUCUGCAUCUCGACAAUCGUAAUCUCAAACACUUCACCAUGACAACCAGCCGACCAAACUUGCACUACGAAGUCCGGUACAAGUCAGAUGAGGAAGAUCACUACGACGAUUUCCUCGCAUGGAUCAAAGCCGCUCAUGCUCGACGCGAAAGACCAGAGCGAGCAGCAGAGUUGGCAGCCAGAAACGAACGACCGACGAAUGUACCGGGCAUCGUCUACACUCUGUAUCGGCGAGACUGCGAGAUUCUGGCUGAGCGCUUGACUAACGAUGGCAUUGGCGCAAAGCCUUACCACGCCGGUCUGAGCAACGAGCAGAAAGACGAUCAUCUCUCCGGCUGGGUAGCAAAUCGCGAAGGCUACGAUGUCAUUGUCGCAACCACAGCUUUCGGAAUGGGCAUUGACAAAGAGAACGUUCGUUUUGUCGUGCACUGGCAGAUUGCAAAAUCCUUCGAAGGAUACUAUCAAGAAGCAGGACGUGCAGGCAGAGACGGGAAAGCCUCAGUCUGCAUCGUCUACUACUCCCGCGAAGAUCGAGACCGUGGCGCAAACAUGCUGGCCAGGGCUCAAGAGCAGAAGAUGCGACAAGAGAUGGGCAGAGGCCGCAGCAACCACGAGUACGACAACAUGAACACGCAUCCUGACAGCAAUGGACGUGCCAACUCUUUGCUGUACUUGACGAAAUACUGCGAGGCAACAAGUACAUGCCGGCACAAGAUGAUAGCCGAGUACUUUGGAGACAAGACUGUGGUACCGUGCAAUUAUGCUUGCGACCAUUGCAAAGAUCAGAAAGGGCUGGAAACGAGAAAGAACAAUGGACUGGCAAGUGAGGAAUGGUGCUUGACACAAAGACAAUCAUAUUCCUACGAUGAGUACGACUAG